AUGGAUGCUCUCCGGCGAAGGAACCCAUUCAAAUACUCCUCUGAACUAUCUGAACUACAUGACACGCACGUCCUGGAUGAACAAGAACAAAGUGAACUUAUUGACAACAUUAAAAAUUUGAAUGCAGCAUCGAAUAACCAGAACCGCAUUGCGUUGCAGAUUACGCUUGCACUGUCUUGUUUACUGCAUAUCAUUUACAUCUUCUCCGACUACAGCAGUCCACUAGUUGUUGUUUUUCCACCAGCUGGCAGACCAGAGCCUCCACUCUAUCUAAGUCCUGUUCUGACACUCCUCGCGAUCAUCCUUCAUGCAAACGCUGCUUUGCUCACUCACCCCCGGAAUUUGUUUCUUGCUAAACGGCAAAUAACGCCUCUUGCUUAUAACGUCGCAUUCGGGCUUUCGGCGAUUUCUCCUACAAUUUCAAUUUUGAGCGGGAAAACGUGGCAGACCACAGCAUGGUGGUGUACCGCCGCUUUUCUGACCUGGAUCGUAUAUGCAUCAAAUAAGUGGAUUGUGCAGGAGCAACAAAGCAUAUCCGAGCUCGAAAGAAUGAAGUAUAUAUCUGCUGGGGCGUAA